GGUAGUUUCCGGUUAUUUGUUAUUUAACAUUUUUCAGCUGCUGGGAUACUGAAUGGCGUGAAAUGUAUUUUAAUUUGUUGUAGUACGAAGACGAAUUUCGUGUAUUAAUCUGAUAUAGUCGGAUAAUUUAACUCCUUUAUUUAAUUUUAGUUGUCAAUUAAAUUGUACUAAUGCUUACCUUACAAGACGGUACAGAAGACUCCGCUUUAAGUGUGGAUUCAGCUAAGAAUCGCUCGGACACUGUUGAUCUCUCAGAUCAGUCUCUUCUUGUGGAUAUUUCUGAUGCUUUAAGUGAAAGAGACAAAGUGAAAUUCACCGUCCAUACUAAAACAACUCUUCCGUUAUUUGCAAAGCCUGAAUUCUCUGUUGUAAGACAGCAUGAAGAAUUCGUUUGGCUUCAUGAUUCAUUCGAAGAAAAUGAGAAAUAUGCUGGAUUUACAAUUCCUCCAGCUCCCCCUUGUCCAGAUUUUGAUGCUUCAAGAGAGAAGCUUCACAAACUUAGUGAGGGUGAAGGAAUGAUGACCAAAGAAGAGUUUGUAAAAAUGAAGCAAGAACUUGAAAUGGAAUAUUUGGCUACUUUUAAGAAAACUGUUGCUAUGCAUGAAGUUUUUUUACAGCGUUUAGCAGCACAUCCUAUGUUCAGAAGUGACAACAACUUAAAAAUAUUUUUGGAGUAUGAACAAGAUCUCAAUGUAAGAGGCAAGAACAAAAAGGAAAUAUUGGCUGAUUUAUUCAGUAACAUUGGCAAAACUGCAGAUGAUUUACUUCUGUCUAGUACUCAAAAGGAUGUGGAUGAAUUUUUUGAACAUGAAAGAACAUUUUUAAUUGAUUAUUACAAUCAUAUUAAGAAUGCUACAUACAGAUCAGACAAAAUGACGCAAAGUCAUAAAAGUGUUGCAGAUACCUAUAUUAAAAUUUCCUCAUCGCUUGUUCAGUUAGCUACUAUUGAUGGAUCAGAGUUAGAAAAGUAUGUCCUAAUAACUGAAAACUGUAUAAGUUUCUGA